UCCACCGCACGUCACCCAACAGAGCCAAUCGCUGUUCACCGUCGCCUGCUGCUGCUGUUGUUGUUGAUGCCGCUGUUUGCCUCCCCCACGCUGAGAGGAAGAAUCCCUGCGUGCUAACGGCGUCCCUCCAACAUCAUCAGCAUCAGCAGCCGUCAUCCAUCAGCAACAUUAACAACGACCACGACGAUUGAUGACAGAGGAAUGAGAUACGCGUGUGGGUGUCCAGGCGUGAGUCGGGCGCUGGUGGGUGGCUGCCACGAACCUGGCAGUGGAGGGCUCUGCCGUGGGCCUCUGUCUGUGUGUCGCCUGAGCCGUGUCCACCCACGCUGAGACGAGAGAGGCGCACGUCUUUCCCUCUCUCUCUCUCUCUCUCACGCGCGCUGCCGGCGUUUACCGGCGCUGUCGCGAUGAGCCAGCUACGCUACCGCAAGCCGCACAGGGAGCAGGGCAACGGGCGGCGGCACAACGAUGACGUUCGGCACGGAGCGCCGCCGACCGGAACGGACAAACGAGAUGGGGCGAUGGUGUCGAAAAAGCGGACGCUGGGGCUAGUACUCGGCUGCCUGGUGGGAAUCGCUUCAGGGCUGUGCCAUGCCAAGUACCUGGACACGCUGCACGAGAAUGAGCUCUGGUUCUCCAACAUUCAGGAGGUGGAGCGUGAAAUCUCGUUCAGGACAGAAUGCGGCCUCUACUACUCCUACUACAAGCAGCUGCUGCAGGCGCCCUCCUUCCUGCAAGGCAUUCGUGAGCUGGUCUACGACAAUCGCACUGAGUCGCUUCGGACCAUCAAUCUCCUGCAGCGCAUGAACAUCUACCAGGAGGUCAUUAUGGGCCUCCUGUACUGCGCCCUUCCCCUCCAGGGUUGGAUUGAGCCCGUCUACUUCUACAUCCACGCGGUGUUCCAACUACAAGGCCUCUAUGUGGUGGCGCUGCACGUCACCGCCUGGUUGCUCAGCGGCACGUGGUUGGCGGGCCUUCUGGCCGCCACGUGGUUCACCGUCAACAGGCUGGACACGACCAGGGCGGAGUUCACCGUCUCCCUUCGCGAGAACUGGGCCCUGCCGUUCCUCGCCUGCCAGGUGGCCGCCGUCACCUGCUAUCUGCGGCCCAACCUCAAGCUCCGGCAGGAGAGGCCGGUGCUCGCUGCAGUGUGGCUCAGCACCUUCGUCUUUAGCCUUGCGUGGCAGUUCAACCAGUUUGUGCUGCUCAUACAGGCGCUGGCACUCUAUGGUCUACGCUGCCUGCAGCUCGCGCCCGCACGCAAGGUCGACUGGGUGCUUGCGGGCCAGACGGUGUCCAUGCUGCUCGUGUGCCUGCUACAGUUCCUCAAUCCCAUGAUCCUUGGUUCACUCACGCUCAGCUUCCUGCUGGCCACCUUCCUGGCGAGGCGACUGCAGCCGGACCUGGAAAUGGGCGGGUUCUGGCGACGGAUCUCCUGCCUCGCCCUUCACCUGCUCAUCGUCACCUCUCUCACCUUGGCCAUCAACUUUGGUGCCAAGGUGCUGCUGCAGCUGCAGUCAGAUGAGCACAUCUUCAAGUUCCUCAAGGCCAAGUUCGGUCUGGGUAACACCAGGGACUUUGAUGCGAAGCUUUACCUGUGCGAGGAUGCGUUUGGCUGGCUCCCGCCCGACACGUUCGUCCGCCUGUCCCGCACCGCCGUGUUCCCCGUCUACACGCUGGCACUCGCCGUCUGCGGGAUUGGCGCCAGCGUCGCCGUCUUCAGAAAGCUCAGAGGGCCUGGCGGCGACGAGAUGCGCACGGCGACGGGCGCGAGGGACGUGUUCCUCCGUCCCGACCUCCUCUACAACCUGGCGCACACGCUGCUCUUCUUCCUGCUGGCGCUCUCCACCAUGCGGAUGAAGUACCUGUGGACGUCGCACAUGUGCGUCUUCGCGGCGUUCGCCGUGAGCGACACUGGACUUUGGGCGGCGACUGCGCAGGCACUGGGGAAAGCGCCCGAGAAGCUGAGCAAAGCGCGAUACGUGGUGCCCGCCCUACUGCUGCUCUACACACUUGUGCAGGCGGCGCCCAGGGUAAGGAGGGAGAUGGGGGAGCUGCGAGAGUUCUACGACCCUGACACCGUGGACCUCAUGAACUGGAUUAAGCAGGCCACACCCCCGGACGCAGUGUUUGCAGGCACCAUGCAGCUGAUGGCCGGCGUGAAGCUGUGCACGGGGCGGGUGCUCACCAACCACCCGCACUACGAGGACAAGACGCUGCGGGAGAGGACACUACAGGUGUACCAGGUGUACGCGCGGAGGUCUCCCGCGGAGGUGCACGCGAUGCUGCUCUCGCUGGGCGCCCACUACGUCGUGCUGGAGGACAGCGUGUGCUACGAGCGGCGGCACGGGCGCGGCUGCCGCUUGCGCGACCUGCUGGACGUCGCCAACGGCCAGGUGAUGGAGGGAGAAGGCCCCAAUGACGCUGAUCUCACCGCGCCGACGCACGGCCGCUUCUGCCACGAGAUCAAGGCACAGUCGCCGGCCUUUGCACGCCAAUUCCGCGCCGUCUUCUCCAACAACACCUUCCACGUCUACCGGAUUCUGCACCCUGCGACGCCGGGGCCAGACCAACCGGACUCCGUGGACCCGCGAGCCAAGCAACCGGACGAAAGUGGAGCUCGUACAGAUCGCGUCGAGAGCCCGACGAGGACUCCCGGUUAACCACAAAUUCAUGCCAGACCCCAUUCGACCAUUUAACUGUUAAAGCAGGCCUGAGUGCGACACAGUUAAACCAUUUAAUCGUCCUGUGCCUGUUAAACGGUUUAACCGUGCUCGUUCAAUGAUUGAUUAACCGUGCCGGACCCGCUGAUCUGUUUAACCCUACUGGACCCGUUGAUCUGUUUAGCCGUGCCGGACCGAGUCUUAGGAAGUGGCAGCCGCGGUUAUGGUUGUUAAAUACACCGGUGGCCGUGUCCCGCUGGGUAUUUGUCCUGCUGGAGUUUUGUUUCUUUAGGCACGGAGGGAGGUGGUGGUGGGGACGGAGGGAGGGAGCGUCUGGCUCUUGCAACACCGUCACCCCGUGAGUCUGCAGGGGAAGUUGGGAACGUGACUGGUUUAUGAUGCAGUGUACGUUUAAAUAAGAUUCCUCAGCUCACAGUUUAAUGCAUUUCCACAAUUCGAGGUCCUGUCUUUUGUACGGUCCAUCAUGGCUCGUCUCUUGUCGUCGCAUACAUUCCACUUGAGGUAAGAGUUUAUUGUUUUUUUGUUUGCCUUUUGUCAAUGCACUGCUGGAUGAAGGCCUUUCCACACCAUAUAGGUCAUGUAGAUUAUACCUAUAUAUAGGUUAUACCUAUAUAUCUAUAUAUUAUCAUACUUUACCAUGAUGGUCAGUGUGUCAUCGUGAAGGUGUGAAUUAUAGUAAAAAGUACUGUGAAUGUAUGUACUGUAUGUUGAACUUCUUUCACACUGUACAUAGCCAACCGUGCAAAUCGGAGGUGCGGAGGGAAGAACAACAAACUACACACAGAAAGCAGUUCUAAAGAAGUGAGUUUUCAAUCUAGAUUUAAAGGGGCAUAGUUCCAAGUGGCUUCUUAAUAAUGGAAGAGCGUUCCAGACGGCCGCAGAAGUGCAUCUGAAAGCGCGCAAUGCGAUGACCAUCUUUGUUCGAUGGUUAGCCAACAGCCGCUGCUGCGAGGAUGACCACCGGAGUUUGCGUGAUGAUUGAUCCUCCUUUACGAGAUCAGCAAGGUAUUGGUGGUUCAUUUGUAGCAAGCACUUUGUAAUGGGUGCGACCUUAUGUAAAACAAUACAAAUUGCUAUACUUCUUCCUACCGCAUAGCCACUUUUUGCAUGUAACUUGCAUUAAUUAUGCAAUUGAAUUAUUAAAUGCACAAAUCGAUACAGUAAGAGCAUAAGAAUCAAUCGUAAAUCGGGCUCCUUUUCAGACCUCCACCCUUAAUCCCCCAAACCCUUCCGCUGUCUUAAAAUUGGGACUCAUCGACACCUCACAGAAUUAGAAUCUUUAUUUAUCCUGGAGAAAUCCGAUGAGCUAUGAAGCUCUUUUCACAUUUGUUCAGCAGUCGCAGGUGUCCCACCAUCUGCACGAAUGUCACGCGCAAACGCUACUGUCCAUUUUCAGUGAUGCUCGAGUUGUUAGCGAUACACUGGAUUUUGCAUGUCAGCAGCCUGCUUACCAUUCACGUGGUUGAUAUAUUUUAUUGUUGAAUUGGCUGAAAUGAAGUUCUGGGGAUUGUGCCGACGUCAGGCAGAUGAGCUGGCCGCCCAGAAGUGGCCACCAUCGGAUGUCACCCGUCAAUAUUUGGGCCAAGGUCAAGGCUUUAAUAAUGGCUCUUCGAAUACACAUGCAGAAUUGUGACUUUCAGUGAUGCCAAUAAAGUCAGCGAUUAUCUGCUCAUAAUCAGAGCAUUUAGGUGGCGCUUAUCUUCCCGUUUGCUGCUCUGCACCAGUGGCGGAAAUUCCACAUUUCAAAGGCAGGGGUGAGUUUCAUUCAUAGGACACCACUGUUGACUUACCACCACAAAGUGGUAUUAAUUGUAUCGACCCCAUAAGGAUGAUGGUUUGAGUCAACCCCCAACCAGGAUUUGAACUGGCAACCCGAUUUCUAGCUGCUCGCCAUAGUGACUAACGUAAUCUAAUUUUGUUCUAAUGAAGGAAAGAAAGCUGAAAUUUCGCACAAAUGCACCUCCGAAUAUAUUUCGCCAUUCCAGAAGUUGAUAUCUCUCUUAGAGCAGCAUCAGGCUAAUGUCUAUAUUAUUCUAAGCCUCGUGUUAAACGGUCCCAUGACUUCACUUAUAAGGCAGCCUCAACCUAAAGUUCAACCUUCCUCUAAGUCUCAUGGCUGAGCGCUUACAAAAAAACAUUACCCAUCAUUGGAUGAAGGCAGCUGUCAUGGAGUGUGACGCUAAAGCUGAUAGAGGGGAAGCAAAGGUUAUCACCGGUUACAAAUGUAACCAUGCACGCAUUUCACAUUUAGGGUGCCACGGUGGCGAUAUGUUAACUACCUCGCCUGGUAUGAAGGUUGUGCGUUCAACCCCGACCCUGACGCCUGUAUAAUUGCAUGUUCUCCCUGUGGUCGUGUGGAUUUUUGUCUGGGUCCACCGGAUUUUCUCUCCACAUUUAAAAAAAACAUGCGUUUAGAGUAUUUGGCUGCAAUACAUUUCCACGUGGUAAGCCACUUCGUUGAUCUUUCAUUAUGGCCAGGUUGCUGUGCGCCUCACCUGAUAAAAUAAUGUCUAAUUUUAGAUCAUAUCUGUAUAUGAUUACAAAACCUCAUCAUUACAGAAAACUUGCUGCAAGCCAGAAAACAUACUGUAGUUUCAACAACACGUAAAAAUGUGCACUGAACGUGCAAAGGUUUGCGGCCGGUCUAGUGGUGGAUCGGUCACACUUGCUCCAUUGUCAAUUGGUUUGGUGAUACUGCUGCAUUGGCAGCAGAGCGCAGGCACAGAAAACAACUCACAUUCGUCAAUAAGACUGGCCCUUAAGAGAAAGAGUAUGUAAUUGGUGACGCUUCAGGUAAUGGUCCUUCAAAAUAAAUGGUUACUUGAGACAAGUUGAUGACAA